UUCGAGGAGUCGAAUUUCGCGCGUUUGACGUCAUCAGCGUUCUUGCAUCACCGUCUACUUCCGGGUCAGCGGUGGAGAAGGCAACAUGGCGACUAUGGAGAGCAAAAUCCGGUAUUUACAAGAAAAACUGGUGAACAGCGGCGAUUCGGGAAAGCGCCUAAAGAUUCUCCAACGGCUGGACAGCCUGCCCAUAACAAUAGAACUUCUACAGGCAACGGGAGUCGGUAAGGCGGUGAACGGUCUACGUAAGCAGGAGGGUGAACUGGGGGACCAGGCGCGUGGGCUGGUGCAGAAAUGGAAGGGCAUGGUGCCUGCUGACGGCAUCAUCAUCCCAACCAAGCAACCUGAGAAACCCAAGGCACCUGUCCAAGACGUCUCAGAAGAACCUCCUAUAAAAAGGCCCAAGGUUGACUCCUCAAGUCACAAGAAAGACAAACAAGCCCAUAAUAAGAAAGAAAAGCAUAGAGAGCCCAAAGUUAACAAUGUUAACAAUGGAGGUCAGAGGUCAUCAUUGGGUCAGGGUGAGAGGUCAUCAACAGAUCAAGGUCAUCAGCAGAGGUUAGUAAAUCAUCAAGGUCACCAGCAGAGGUCAUCUGAGCAUAAAAUGGUCAAGCAUGACCCAUCAAAUGCAAGACAACAUGAAGUCAAUAAAGUAAAAAGACUAAAAGAAGAGGAUGACAUUGAAACGUAUGUCAAAGAAUAUCAACAUGACAAGAAAGAACAUUCUCCUAAGAAAUCAUCGAGCCACAAACAAAGUCGGGAAAAUCCGUCAAUUAAUUCUGUUUCAGUCAAGCAAAGUGCAGCAGCUCCUUCCAAGAAAGUGUCAAGUUCUAAUAGCAAAUCUUCUCAGAGGGAAAAGGUAGAAAAAUUACCCACUUCACAUGUGAAACAUGAGAGCAAAGGUCACCCACAGGUCACAGGUGAAAGGCCAAGGGUCAACAAGCCUUCCAUGAAGGAGACCUCUCAACCAAAAGAAGUUAUCAAGGAAACAAAGACUGAUAGAAAACCCACUGUUUCUUUUGCUGAACCCAAAGAAGACAGCUUUGGAAGUGGUGAUGAGGACUUUGAAGAACCGACUCAGUCAUUUGAAGACUUUCUAAAUUAUGACCUUCCUGUCAUGAAGGUCAAGAAGAAGAAGGUGAAAAAGCCUUUUGUCGCAAAUCCUGUCAAACCUGUCAAUCAUGUAGGGACCAAGGAUCAGAAAUCAUCAGAAAAGAAGAUGCACAAGUCUCAUCAUCAGACAACGUCUGGAGCUGAACACUCGAAACACAAGAAGGACAAACAUCACAGCAAGCACAAAGGGAGCAAAGGUGAAGGUUCACAUUCAGGUCAUGGGUCAGAGGGCAGCCACAAGACCAAGAGUCACAAGCAUGACAAGGAAAAGAGGAAGAGAUCGUCUGAUGAUCCGGAGGUGAAAACUUCAUCUAAAAAGCAGAGGAUAUCGGACCCAGCCCUGACCGUACCAGACAACCCAGUCAGUCUGCCUGAGAUCCAGCCUAACUACCGACCUCUCCGUCUGCCUGUACCUGACCUGGACAUGUCUCCUCACAAGAAGAAAGGCCAUGGAUUAGAAGAUGCAGAGUUUGCAGCCUUCCAAAAGAACACCCGCACACAGGUGUACUCAGGUCGCAAGUCACAUUACCUGAGAGAGGUCCCUAGUCUGUUUGACAGCUGUAUGCAGAUCCUGUGUGACAACAUUGAUGCCCUUGAGGAGUUAGGCGGGGUUCCUUAUGACAUCAUCAAGCCUGUCCUUGACAAGUGCACACCUGAGCAGCUGUGUUACCUGGAGGAACAGAACCCUUACCUAAUGGAGGAUACAGACCACCUAUGGCAGAUGCACUGCAACAGGGACUUCAGGAAUGCACAGAGGGACCAGGAUUCAUUCGAGGCCUGGAGAGAACUGUACCUGAGGAAACAUGAGGAGCGGGAGGAGAGACUGAAGAGCAUCACAGCCAAGGUCAGCGCAGCCUGGGCAGGGAAACCUCAAGGACGUACGACCAAGCUGGCGUACCUAGACGGUCCCGUGAAGCCACCACGUGAUGUGAGGAGGAAGCAGGAGAAACUGGGCACAGCAGGACCGCACGCACAGCACAAACCUGUCAGCAGUCUGUCCAGACCAAGGAAGGUGCCAAUAGUGAAGAAGAUUCGACCAGCCGGCUCCUCCAGUAGCCAUGGCUCCAGUAGUUCCUACAGCAGUGGUGGUGAUGUGCUCAACUCUGGGACCAGUUCUACAGCCAGCAGUAGCAGUGGUGGGGGUAGGCAGGCUAAAGCUGCCAAGCCAGCCCCCAUGAUGCAGAAGGCCAUGAAGCUGAUGAAAGGGAAGUACCUGGCACCCUUCAGGUGCCCCUUCAGGAGGUGAACCUGCAGCUGGGGGGUUUAUGGGGGCCUUUCAGGUGUUACAGCCUUGGUGUCAAUUAAAACCUUGCAGGUGUUUUAGCUGUAGCAUUUACAAGGUUAUUCUGGUGGUACAGCUGUGGUACUUAAAAGAACCCUGCAGUUGUUACAGCUGUGGUAUUUACAGGGCUGUUGCAGAUAUUACAGCUGUGGUAUUUACAGGGACCUUGCAGCUGUUACAGCUGUGGUAUUUACAAGGACCCCUCACAGGUGUUACAGCUGUGGUAUUUACAAGGACCUCACAGGUGUUACAGCUGUGGUAUUUACAAGGACCCCUCACAGGUGUUACAGCUGUGGUAUUUACAGGGACCUCGCAGCUGUUACAGCUGUGGCAUUUACAAGGACCCCUCACAGGUGUUACAGCUGUGGUACCAAGCAGGCGUUAUAGCUGUGGUAUUUAUGGGGACCUUGCAGGUAUUUCGGCUGCAUGUGGCACAGCUGUAAUGUUUAUUGGGACCUUGAACAACUCUUUGUUUUUAUUGGGACAUUGUACCUGCAUUACCCAGAAACUUAGUAUUAUGCCACAUGUUCCUAUACAACUAUCUAGUCAAUAAUGCUUUUCAUUCAUGUUAUGAGUACAUGCUGCAAUUAAGUGUACUGUGUAUUUAUUGUAAUGUUCUCUAUGCUGCCUUACCCAUAACCAAUAUAGAAGGGCAACUUCAGUAGGUUUAAGAUGAACAUAGCAUAGGGAAUCUCCAAGCAGAUAACUGUUUUUCUCUACACAAGUAGUAUUUUUUUUCUGCUGCAAAACCAUCUAGUUAAUAAUGCUUCAUUUUCUGAUAUUGUACAUAUAUUUGAAGUUAACUUAUUGAAUAAGCAAAUUUGGUGCCAAAAGGCUUUAUUUGUAGAAGUACAAAUGUAAGGUUUAGAGUCAAUUGGGAAAGGUAAAUUGUUUAAUAGUGUGCUUGUAAAUAAUUGUCUCCAAGUUACGAGAUUUGUAUAAGAAUUGAACAGUGUUGUUGCAAGUUUGUACAUGAAUUUCAAGUCUAAGAGUAAAUAGGUUGGACUUCUUGAUUUAUUGAAUUUCUGACAAGCUGCAAGCCAAGGGUGGUGAAGGUUUGAAGAAUUCUAGGAUUUUGAGGAAUUUCCGUGUCAACAGCAAUGAAAGAUAGGACUGUACAUUGCAAUGUUAGUAAUGCUGCAAAAGUAAGUAUUAAAUGUAUAAUGUAUUAAAUGAUUUUUCCCUGUACUUGUAAAUGUGUAUCUUAUACUCUCAUUAGUCAAGAUCUCGUUGAUAUUUCCUGCAGAUUUAGAAAUGAAUUUUUUGCCAACAAUAAGACCAGCAUAGUUCUCACAAAAAUGCCUUAGAUAACACUGACAAUGGCUUAGUUCUUGCAAAAUUUGCAAACUUACUUUACACUUGUAGGCUGAGAAAAUAUUGUAAAACGGCAUGUCACCAAAACAUAACAUUCUUCAGUUUUCUAAUGAAAUAGACUCUGAUAACAGACACCACACAUUGUACAUAAUAUUUAUAGAAUUUGCAUUAUGAAUUGCAAGAUUAAUUUUUCAGAUCCUCCAAGUCAUGUUAGGAAGAAAAUGAUGAAAUGAAAAGUUGACAAUAUUUAGGCACAUACAAUGUGUGUUGCUUUGAGAUUGUGAUGCUGCAAUGUCUAAGUUAUGUUGUAUAUUGUGUGUAGUAGUUUAUGAAAAGCCUGUUAAAUUGGCAUGUUUUUUUCCAUUGUUGCAGAAAUUUACCAAAUCAUUUAGUGCACUUGUCUUACAGAAAAUGAACUGAGUGUAGGUAAUCUUGUGUCAAGUUAUGAUCCUAUUCAGUUAUAAAGAGAAUAGAUUUCAAUAUGAUGAUUGUUCAUAUUCUAGAUCUGGCUUGUCUGUUCACUGUUUUGCUUUCCUGAUGAAAAGUCAACUACUAUGUAGUAUAUUUUCAACAAUACUCAACAUUAAAUACUUAAGAUGAUAUUAGGACAAUCUCAUUAAACCAAGAAAUGUACAAUACUCCUCAAGUUAAUUUGGUCCAAAGUAAAACGCCUGGUACUCAA